AAAUAGAAAAUUUUUAUUCUGGACAAUCGAAACUAACAUAUAUAACAUCAUUCAGUAGUAAGGACUGAUGCCAAAAUAGUUUGUCGUCUUGUGUUUUGCUCACGACGAACUACAGUGCAGUGGUGCAGUUAUAAUCGUAAAAAUACUACGUUUUAUUAAGGCCAGAUGCACACUUUAGAUUCACUGUUAAGUGAAUAAAAAAUCGUGGUAGCAAGUGCGCGUAUAGAGCCAAAACACAAGCAAAAGUGUGUGAGAUGGUUGCUAAAUCUUUUACCUUUUUUUGCCGCCAGUAUUAAUUGUAAAUGAUAAAAGUUAAAGAAAGAAACUACUAACGGAACAAACGGUAAUCAUUCGAUUAUUUUUUAUUAUUACGUAUUAUCGAUGUGGAAAGGAUUCGGUAUAAACUCUUGUAAUCUCGAGUAGCAAAACUAGGAUUAUUGUACAAAAUUCUUUUACAGAAUUCCAAUAAAGAAGGAGGACUUUCUAUUUUCAUAAUAUUUGAUGUGUACAAUAAUAUAAAUAAAAAUACCGCUAUUUUUUCAUUAGAAGCAAGUUAAACCGGACAUAUACCUAGCCAAAGUUGGGUAAAUAUUUAUUACUUUUGUUUAAUAUUUUUAUUAUAAAUGACAAGGCAGUGCGUAGCCAACAGAUGUAAUAUAGUACCUAUACAUACAAGAGUAGGUGUAUAAAAGAAUAAAUUGACUACGUUUUACUGCUGGUUAGAAAAUAUCAGUGGAUGUAAAACAACUGACACGCUUUAUGUCAUAAAACGAAUAGUAAUAGUGUUAAUAAGACUGUGUUUUGAAGACUCAUGAUGAAAAUGGCAAUGCCUCAGAAUGUACCAACGAAGUUGUUAUUUUUCCUAUUGUUUCUCGUAAUUAUGUCAUUUAAUUUGUAUUUGCAAUUUGGAUAUUCAACAAGUAAAGUGUUAAGGGAAACUGAAGACAUCAAAGAAACUGAAAAGAGACUUAUAGUGGCAAAUACAGAUAUACGAAUAUACACUAAUGCAGAACCAGGCAGUAUUGUAAUCAGUAAGGACAAUUUCGUUACUGAAUCACAUAUAUUUCGACGAAUCAAAGAGAUAACUAAAUGUCGUGAUUUGCCGAGGGAGCACAAUAUAAUGCAGUGGGGUCCUUACUGGGUCCUUAGUAAUUUCGUCGCCGCGAAAAGGACAUACAGGUGUGAAGAAAGUGUAACUUUUGCUACUACGGCAACUUACAAUUUUUUGGGCAAUGUUUUGCCGAUUGUGGAAAGUUGGGAUGGACCAGUUAGUGUUGCAGUGUACGCCCCAGGUAGUGACUUUAAUUUGGCCUUAGAAUCCAUAGCCUACCUACGCGAAUGUGGAAAUCCAUUAGUAAGCGAAACGGUUUCUUUUCAUUUGUUCUUUCAAAUGACCUACUUUCCAGACGAGAUUUUGGCGUAUGAAAACUUUCUAUCUAGAAAACCUGUUAAUUGCUCCCAGAAGCCUCCAUAUGAAACAUAUUCAAGCGGUCAGUCGUUCAAAGACAAACACAACGAACCUUUUAUGGUAAACGUAGCGCGUAAUAUAGCACGAAAAAUGUCUGAAACACAUUUUAUACUUUCCGCGGAUAUAGAAAUGUAUCCCAGUUUAAACAUUUCGUCACGAUUUCUUCACAUGAUAUCGAAAGAAGAUCCUGAGACCUAUUCGAAACAGCCAGUUGUUUACGCCAUUCACGGUUUCGAGAUAAACGAAGGGAUGAAACCACCCCUACACAAAAGCGAACUGAGAGAAAUGAUACAUAACAAAACUGCAAUUCGAUUUCAUUUUUACAUGUGCGGCAUAUGUCACAAUUUUCCGCAUUUUGAAUCCUGGUUGAGUAUUGACAGUGAGGAAAUGGAAAUUAGUGAAUGGGUAACACGAACGAAAACUUUUGAAGCGUGGGAGCCGUUUUUUAUAGGUACCAACCAAGAUCCAUGGUACGAUGAGAGGGUUUCAUGGGAAGGGAUGCGAGACAAACGUAUACAGGCGUAUGCGCUAUGUCUCCUAGGAUAUAAAUUUAACGUACUCAGCGAUGGCUUUUUGAUUCAUAAACCAGGAUAUAAAGAAACUGAAUAUUUUGGAAACAGGUUGAAGGUUUCACUAUCAAUGGCAGAAACUAUUGAAACAGAAUUCGUACCACAGUACAGAAAAUUUUACGGAAAUAAUCCGGCUUGUGUUGUUUAGAAAUGGUCUCUUUAAUCAAAUAUAUUUUCCGUUAUCUUUGUUUUGUUUUCGUAUCAUUUUGUACAUAGGACUGUGCUAAUUAUUAUAAAUUAGCGAAAAAUGAUUAAUGGUUAAAUUUAGAUGU